AUGUCAUCACCACCUCAAAACAGAAAAAUCAUUCGAGAAGAUGCAGAACUGGAGGUUGAGCAAAGCAGAGAAUUGGAAAUCAAGAUUCGAGAACUAGAACUUUUAGAGAAGGAAAAAGCUGCAGAACUAUUUGAAGAGAGGGAAAGACAAGAGAAAGAAUUGGAAGUUCUGGCUGCUCGACUCGAAGCAGAACACCAAGCCAAAGUCGAGAGUCUCGCCAUACAAAGAAGUCAAGAACUGCAAUUUGAAAAAAAUCGUCUAGAAAGAAAGAAGGAAGAACGGGAUGCAUUAUUAGCAUUGCUAUUAAAACAGCAAAAAGCAUUCUCUGAAAUGUUGAGAACUCAAGAAAGCCUCCGCCAAAAAGAUUUAAGCCAGUUACGAGAAGAUCGAUCAAAUGAAAAGAAAAAUAAUCAAGCAGAGAUUCUGGAGUUAAAUAAACGCUUUCAUGAAACACAUAUGACAGGGGACGAACGUAAGGAUAAAGUAUUUGAACAAAAUAUAAAAGAACAAGAGAAACAGGCAUUCAGAAAAGGAAAAAUGAUGUGGAAUGAGCUGUUGCACACCAACGAAUUGGCAGCCAGUCUUCAUGCUGAUGAGAAGUUUGAAGAAUUCCAAGAAGGGUGUACACUAUUGCGAGAUCAAUACAGAGCCUUCAACAACGAAUAUGAUAAUAUUGAGCCACAGUUGAUUCGUACAAAUAAUUGCAUGAAGAAGGCGACACCAAUCAAACCAUUUGAUCUGGAGAAGUGCAUUUCUGCGCUUCGGAACUUUAGAAAUCAAACUGUUGAGAUCAGUGUGUCUGGAUCAGAAGAUGAAUCAUAUUAUCAAGGUCUCAUAAGCCAAGCUUCAGAACUCGUUCGGGAAAUCUUCAAGGAUAUUAACAUAAUCAAAGCUACUACUGAGGGCUAUGACCAUGAGGAAUGUAGUGAUAAUGUGAAUAUCGAUGAAAAUUUAACAAGAAUCUUUGAAAAUCGUCAAGAGUUAAGCAUUUUGAUGCAAAAGUUCAACGUCAUCGGCAAAAAUCAUCUUCAGGAGGCUCUUGCUAUUCAGAUGGAAAAAAAGAUGACCGCAAGACAAGAAGCUGCUGAGAAAGAGGAAAAGGAUCAAAGCCCUCCGGAACAAGAAUCGGAAUGA